AUGGUUCUCGCUCACCAGACCCCCUAUGUUACCCCCCACAUCCUCCACAAGAACUACGCCCAGAGCUACGACAAUGAGGAGAUCAGCAAUCUGAUCGGUCGUGACCUCGAGUACUGGUCGCAAGCCGGGUUCGAUAUGGACCGGAUUCAGAUCAAGCGCAAUGCGCCGGUGUCUCUGCUCUACGAAGACGCCAUCCGCAACGAAGGCGCUAUCAUCUCGUCGUCUGGUGCCCUCAUCAACUUCUCCGGUAAGAAGACCGGACGAAGCCCCAAAGACAAGCGCAUUGUCUACGAGGAGACCAGCAAGGAUGAUAUCUGGUGGGGCUCAGUAAACAUCAAGAUCGACGAACACACUUUUGAGAUCAACCGUGAACGAGCCAUCGACUAUCUGAACACUCGGGAUAACGUCUAUGUCUUUGAUGGUUACGCCGGAUGGGAUCCCAAGUACCGAAUCAAGGUCCGGGUCAUCUGCGCUCGCGCGUACCACGCCCUCUUCAUGAACAACAUGCUCAUCCGUCCAACGGAAGAGCAACUCGCCGAUUUCGGCGAACCGGACUUCAUCAUCUACAACGCUGGACAGUUCCCCGCUAACCGAUUCACCAAGGGCAUGAGCUCGACGACCUCCGUCGAGAUCAACUUCAAGCGUAUGGAGAUGGUCAUCCUCGGUACAGAAUACGCCGGUGAGAUGAAGAAGGGUGUCUUCUCCGUCAUGCACUACCUCCAACCAGUCAAGUUCGGCCAACUCUCCCUCCACUCCUCCGCCAACGUCGGUAAAGAUACGGGCGACGUCACGUUAUUCUUCGGAUUGUCAGGAACUGGCAAGACCACCCUCUCUGCCGACCCUAACCGUCUCCUAAUUGGCGACGACGAGCACGUUUGGUCAGAUACGGGUGUCUUCAACAUCGAGGGUGGAUGCUACGCCAAGUGCAUCAACCUUUCCGCCGAGAAGGAGCCCGAUAUUUUCAACGCCAUCCGCUACGGCUCGAUCCUCGAGAACGUCGUGUACAACCCCGUCUCCCGCGUCCCCGACUACGACGACAUCAGCAUCACGGAGAACACCCGCUGCGCCUACCCCAUCGAAUUCAUCCCCAACGCACAAAUCCCCUGCGUUGUGAACACGCAACCCAGCAACAUCAUCAUGUUGACCUGCGACGCCUUCGGUGUACUCCCCCCUGUCAGCAAGCUUACUCCUGAGCAGGCCAGCUACCACUUCUUGGCGGGAUACACGUCGAAAACUCCAGGUACUGAGGACGGUGUCCUCGAGCCUAUCCCCACUUUCUCUACUUGCUACUCAGCUCCAUUCAUUGUCCUCCACCCCGGCCGCUACGCCGAGAUGCUCGCUGAGCGCAUGUCAAAACACAACGUCAACUGCUGGCUCAUCAACACCGGCUGGACUGGUGGCCGCUACGGCUCCGGCAAGCGUUGCCCCCUCAAGUACACCCGCAUGAUCGUCGACGCCGUGCACUCUGGCGAGCUCGCCAAGGCUGAGUACGAGACCUUCGGCACCUUUGGCCUCUCCAUCCCCACGCACAUCGAGGGCGUUCCCCGCGAGCUCCUCAACCCGCGCCUCGCCUGGACGGACAAGGAGGCCUUCGAGCGCGAGGUCCGCAAGCUCGGCGGCAUGUUCCAGAAAGCCUUCGCCCUGUACGAGAAGGACGUCGAUGUCAAGGUACGAAAUGCCGGCCCCCAGAUGUGA